GCCCCCCUUCCCCCGCGCGGCCGAAACCCUAGAGAGAAUCCACCCCACAUGCCGCCGUCCCGAUGAGGUCGCUCCGCCGUGUCCUCCUCCCGCUCGUGCUCCUCGCGGGCCUCGCCUUCCGUGGGGUCCGCUUCGACGACGCCGCCUCUGCCGCCGCCCAGGGCCCCGACCUACUCAUCCCGCUCCCUUCGUCGUCGCCGCAGCCGGCCCUCGCGCUCCCCGGCGAUGGGGACGAGGGGGCCUCGACGGAGAUCAUCGCGGCCCCGUGGCCGGGGCGUCACGGCCUGUUCACGCCGCCGCGGGGCAGCCCCCGCCCGGCGAGCGCGCUGGUCCAGGAGAGCGCCGCCAUCGGCUCCCAACUUCAUUUUUACGACAAUGGUACAAUUCAACUCGUGGAUCUUUUAUCCAAAUCUCCUCGGUGGCAGUUUUCCACUGGACCCCCUCUAUCAAAGCAUAUCACUACCUCAAAACCUGAUUUGAACUAUUUCAUAUACCUUGAUGGGUCAGAGACAUCAGACCUUAUAGAAGUUCAUAAUGGCAGUGGUGUGAGGCUUCCCUGGAAACUGGAGGAGUUUAUUGCUGAAACUCCAUACAUAAGGGAUUCUUUUGUUACUAUUGGAUCAAAGGUUUCCACUACUUUUGUGGUCGAUGCUGAUAGUGGUGAGAUCAUUUAUAAGCACAGCCUUCCAGCUGCCUUGAAUGAGGUGGGAGCUCCCCUGGUUGAGGAAAUUCCAUCCAAGUUAGACGCUGCUAGAAGUGGUACAAGGGCUAAUAUCAUAGUGGUUGUCAGAACUGAUUAUUCUGUCAGUGCAUCAGAUCUUGGGGAACAUUUGUUUAACUGGACAAGAACUUCCUUCAUUGCAAACUACUAUAUGAGGUAUGGACACCAAGACAUGCUUGAUCAAUCAUCCUGUAUGCGUGGAAAUAUUCCAUGCAUUAGGACUGAGGGUCUACCGCUUAAACUUCCUUUACCUGCUUCGAGUUCAGAUAAUGCAAUUGUCUUGAAAUCCGCGAAUGAAGUUACCACCAGGGAUGAUGCUGAUGUGGAUGCCCUGGAACUGAUUCUAACUUCAAGCAAGUUAUCACAAACUGCUGGCAAGUCUAAUGUGGCCUUGGAUAAUGCUCUUAAUCAGACUGCUGACAGUGCUCUAGAUCAUUUGGUGUCGGCUGAUGCUGAAUUGAACAAGUGGUUCACCAAAUUUCUUUACAGAUGGUUAUUCCCCACGUUUCUUGUGCUGGUGAUCAUGGCUUGUCUGGUGGGCCUGACCGAUGCAGGCAAGUCUUGCUGGCAAUUUGUGAUUCGGUUUGUGAAACCAUUUAUGCAUGAGGAUAUGGAGCAUAGAGGCAAGCUAGAGGGAGCAUCAAAAAGAAGAAAAACACGGAAGAAAGAUGGACUUCCAGCAUCUGAUAAAGACAACAGUGGAACUGUUGGAUCAAUUGAGGCACCGAGUAGUGAAGUACAUGAGUCAACAAAUACAGAACUCCCUGAUGGCCUCAAUGGACGUCAGAUCGGUAAGCUUCGUGUUUACAGUAAAGAAAUUGGUAAAGGAAGCAAUGGUACAGUUGUUUUUGAGGGCUCCUAUGGUGGUCGGGAAGUUGCUGUGAAACGUCUGCUGUGCUCUCACAAUGAUAUAGCCUCAAAAGAGAUUGAGAAUCUGAUUGCAUCUGAUCAGGAUCCUAAUAUUGUUCGAAUGUAUGGUUUCGAGCAGGACAAUGAUUUUGUUUAUAUCGCCCUGGAGAGGUGUUGCUGCAGCUUGGCUGAGCUAAUCCAACAACAUUCUCUACCAUCAUUUUCAAAUACGAAGGGAUUAGACAUUGAACUGUGGAGGUGGGAUGGGCUUCCUUCGGCACAACUUCUAAAGCUGAUGAGAGAUGUUGUUGCCGGUAUGGUGCAUUUGCAUAGUUUGGGAAUUAUACAUCGUGAUUUGAAGCCUCAGAAUGUUCUGAUAAGCAAGGAAAGACCUCUCAGAGCAAAGCUUUCAGAUAUGGGUAUCAGUAAACGUUUGCAGGAGGAUAUGACUUCUCUUAGCCACCAUGGCACUGGAUUUGGAAGCUCUGGCUGGCAAGCACCUGAACAGCUUCGACAUGGUCGUCAGACUCGAGCUGUAGAUUUGUUUAGUUUGGGCUGCCUUAUUUUCUAUUGUAUUACUAAAGGAAAGCAUCCAUUUGGUGAGUACUAUGAACGGGACAGGAAUAUCAUAAACAAUCAAGUUGAUUUCUUCAUAGUGGAUCACAUACCAGAAGCAGUGCAUCUUAUUUCUCAAUUGUUACAUCCAAGACCAGAGGAAAGACCAACAGCGGUGUAUGUGAUGAAUCACCCUUUCUUUUGGAGCCCUGAGUUGUGCCUUUCAUUUCUGCGAGAUACCAGUGACAGAAUUGAGAAAAUUAGUGAAACUGAUCUCAUAGAUGAUUUGGAAGGCAUAAAUGCUGAAGCAUUUGGUAAAAAUUGGGGAGAGAAGUUGGAUGCUGCCCUUCUUGCAGACAUGGGACGGUAUAGAAAAUAUAGUUUUGAGUCCACUCGUGACCUUCUAAGGUUGAUAAGAAACAAAUCAGGACAUUACAGGGAAUUUUCAGAUGAUCUCAAGGAGCUACUUGGGUCCUUGCCAGAGGGAUUUGUUCGGUAUUUCUCAAGCCGAUUUCCAAAGCUGCUAAUUAAGGUAUACGAGGUCAUGUCCAAGCAUUGCAAGGACGAGGAUGCUUUCAGAAAAUAUUUCAUUGGAAGCUCGGUAUAGCUGUAACCUGCAGGGCGGGGUGAAGGGCCCUUGCCCUGCUUAGUAUGUGUGCACUAACACUCGUCUAGCAAAAAUGUAUGUACAUGUGAUCUGUACCAUAUGUCGAAGUAAAGAAAGUUCAACCUGUACAUUGUAUUCCACAGAAUUGUGUGUAACUACUAAUGAAUCAAAAUACAUGACCCGUUUCUUUUGCCUGACUACAUAUUCUAGAUUAUUCAGGGUGCCCCUUUCUCCUUUUAUAUUUGUGUACUGUUCAAUUAUACUAUAUAGGCUCGACUAAAGUUCUGACUGUAAAUUGUACUUCACGGAAUUGUUUAUUAUUACUAAUAAAAAUCAAUGCUUUACCCAUUAGGGAAGAG